AUGUCGUCCGAGAAGUUUAGCUUCAAUGCUGAUAUCCAGCAGUUGAUGUCCCUUAUUAUCAACACCUUCUACAGCAACAAGGAGAUUUUCCUUCGUGAGUUGAUUUCGAACUCGUCGGAUGCUUUGGAUAAGAUCCGCUACCGUUCUUUGACUGACCCGGAGUCGAUUAAGGAUGAGGAGAAGUUCCAGAUUGCCAUUGUCCCCAACAAGGACGCGCAUACCUUGACCAUCGCUGAUACUGGUGUGGGUAUGACCCGCGAGGAGCUUAUUAAGAACCUGGGUACCAUCGCCCGUUCGGGUACCAAGGCCUUCAUGGAGGCUCUAGAGAGCAACAAUGGUGACAUGUCGCUCAUUGGACAAUUCGGCGUGGGCUUCUACUCCGCUUAUCUUGUGGCUGAGACCGUCACUGUUGUCUCCAAGCACCCUGAUGACGAGCAAUACAUCUGGGAGUCUGCCGCUGGUGGUUCCUUCACUGUCAGCAAGUGGGAGGAGUCUUCCGGCUACCCUAAGAUUACCCGUGGUACUCACAUUAUUUUGAAGUUGAAGGAGGACCAGUUCGAAUACGAGGAGGAGAAGAGACUUACUGACUUGAUUAAGAAACACUCUGAGUUUAUUAACUUUGAUAUCCUGCUCGCUUGCACUAAGAGCCGAUCGAAGGAGGUCGAGUUGGAGGGAGAGGAACUAGAGGAAGCCCAGAAGAAGGAGGCUGAGCGUAAGGAGGAAGAGGCCAAGAAGAAGGCCGAGGAGAAGAAGGAAGGUGAGGAGGAAGAGGACAAGAAGGCUGACGACGAAGAGCCCAAGAAGUUCACUAAGACCGUCACCGAAGAGGUUGUUGAGUACGAGAAGGUCAACAAGAACAAGCCUCUCUGGAUGCGCAAGCCCGAAGAGGUGACUGAGGAGGAAUAUGCCGCCUUCUACAAGAGCAUCUCCAACGACUGGGAGAAGCACCUCGCUGUGAAGCAUUUCUCCGUUGAAGGUCAGCUCGAGUUCAAGGCUGUUCUCUUCGCCCCCAAGAGAGCCCCCUUCGACUUGUUCGAGACCCGCAAGAAGCGCGAUAACAUCAAGCUCUACGUCAGAAGAGUCUUCAUCACCUCCGAUUGCGAGGAACUGAUCCCCGAGUGGCUCUCCUUCGUUAAGGGCGUCGUGGACUCUGAGGACUUGCCGCUCAACAUCUCUCGUGAGACCCUGCAGCAGAACAAGAUCAUGAAGGUCAUCCGCAAGAACCUUGUGAAGAAGUGCCUCGAACUCUUUGCUGAGAUCGCGGAGAACAAAGAGAACUACAAACAGUUCUACGAGCAGUUCUCAAAGAACAUCAAGCUGGGUAUCCACGAGGAUAACACCAACCGCGAAAAGAUUGCUGAGUUGUUGAGAUUCCCUACCUCAAAGUCUGGCGAUGACGAGGUGUCCCUGAAGGAGUACGUGGACAACAUGAAGGAGGGCCAGAAAUCCAUCUACUAUAUCACUGGUGAGAGCAAGGCCGCUGUGGCUUCUUCUCCGUUCUUGGAGGCUCUGAAGAAAAAGGGCUACGAGGUUGUGUACAUGGUUGACCCGAUUGACGAGUACGUUGUUCAGCAGCUCCGUGAGUACUCCGGCCACAAGCUGGUGUGCUGCUCUAAGGAGGGUCUGGAGCUGGAGAAGACCGAGGAGGAGAAGAAGGAGUUCGAUGAGCUCAAGACCGACUUCGAGGGCUUGACCAAGCUCAUGAAGGAAGUCUUGCACGACAAGGUUGAGAAGGUUGUGUGCAGCGAGCGCGUGACUGAGUCUCCUUGCGUCCUCGUCACCUCUGAGUUCGGUUGGUCCGCGAACAUGGAGCGUAUCAUGAAGGCUCAGGCUCUUCGUGACAACACCAUGACCAGCUACAUGAUCUCGAAGAAGACUAUGGAAAUCAACCUCUACCACCCCAUCAUGAAGGAGCUUAAAAAGAAGGCCGACGCCGACAAGUCCGACAAGACCGUAAAGGAUCUUAUCUGGCUGCUCUACGACACUGCCCUCCUCACUUCAGGCUUCUCCCUCGAAGAACCGUCGCAGUUCUCCGGACGCAUUCACAGAAUGAUCAAGCUCGGACUCUGCAUCGACGAGGACGACAUGCUUGUUGAGAACGGUGAGGACGUACCUCCUCUUGAGGAAGUCGAAGCAAACCCCGAUGUGGUUUCCAAGAUGGAGGAAGUAGACUAA